AUGGCUUCCAUCUCUCCGCAAGGCCCUUACUCGUCAUCUCAGUCGCAGGACGCGAGCAACGCCUAUAAAUACGAAGAUCCCACCGCAUACCAGAUCCCCUCGGGGUACCCUACAAAUCAAUUCGAAGUCCCUCUCCCUGUAGCGCGAUCCGAACCAGAACCGCAACCCAGAGAAACCUCGAAACCACAGUCGUCAGGUUCUUCAGAACCCAAAGUCCGUCUCAGGAAGGCCUGUGAUAGUUGCAGUGUGCGCAAGGUCAAGUGCGACGAAACUGGUCCUCCUUGCAAAUCAUGCGCCGCCCUCGACAUUCCCUGCACCUUCGACCGGCCAAGUCGACGGCGUGGCCCGCCCAACAGACACGCCGAAGCCAUCAAGAGACAGAAACUCGAGGGUGCUAACUUUGACGGUUCAAGAAGCUCUCCAACUCAUGAUGCCGCCUACAGCCUGGCUGCCCUCGCCGCGCCGACUCCGCUGUCCGCCGAGUCAAUAUGUGACCUACCGGCCUUGAAGAUCCUUUUGGACGAUUAUUUUACUUAUAUCCAUCCACUGAUACCUCUCCCACACGAACCCACAUUCCGACGAUCAUUUGAAGCCAGGGAGGACAGAACAAAUCACAACUUCCUGGCACUCAUUGCUGCCAUGGUUGAAUGCCUUGUGGCUAGCUUUCCAAGACGACCCCGACAACUCUUUGUCACAGAGCCAGGAAAGUCGCAGUUCCCCAACGCAGGAAGUCUGAUCGAUCGGUGUCAUCAAGUCUUCGUCGAAGCUCGCGGCCUCGGGUAUAUGGAUCGCCCGAUGAACCUGUACGACGCGAUUGCGAGCUAUCUAACAGGGUUGGCCGCUGGUUAUGUCCUAGAUAUCGCACGCAUGCGACUCUAUCUCGGCGAAUGCACCAUAAUCAUGCGGGAGUUGCAGUUCCAUCGGCCAGAAAUUCAUAGGCCAGGUGCGACACCAGCCGCAGCGUAUGGCCCUGCCGACAUGCCUCGGGCCCCACUUGUCGACUACAUCUAUCAGGAGUCCGGUCGGCGGCUGUUCUGGCUGUUGUUUGUGGGCGCAAUGUCUGCUCGACAACUAGACGAGGCCGAGGGUGACUUGCUCAUGCCUCCUGUGUCCCAUGCGGAGAUGCUUCCACCACUCCCGGUUGAGGUAGAUGACGAGUACAUUACUGAAACGCAGAUAUUUCCACAACCCCGAGGGGUCGUGUCUGAAAUGGUCGGCUUCAACCUCAACGUCAAAGUUUUCCGAGCCUUUCACUUUCUGGCUGCCCUGGAAAUGGCCUUUGGAGCAAACAACGUCUAUGACUGGGAUCGUCAACGGCAAAUCAUUCGCCGCGCUCUUCAGCAUGUUAAGGAUGCUACACGAGAUGCACCGAAGGAAUUGCAGCUCAACCCGGCUAAUGGAUUCGGUGAGUGGCCUCCUACCCAAGCCGAUAUAUCAGCAUAUUCCCACCUUUUCAAUGAUCGCGAAGAAGGCGAGGCCGAUCUGCACGCGACGCCAGUGAGUGCCCGUGCGUCUUUUUCCAUGCCAUCCAAGAGAGCAAUUCAGUUUGAGAUCCAGAAAGCCAAUGUAUACGCCACGCAGCUAUCGUCGAGAUCAUAUCUAGUGGAGAGGUUUUGGAACCUCUACGAGAUAGUGGACCGCGAUAAAUCGACUUUUCCGUCAGAUAAGUCAGUCGCAAGCUCGUCCCCCACAGCAGGGAUCGUGACGACCGGCAUGGAACACAGCUAUCGACAGAUUGUAGGUCGCACACCUAGUGACAGCAUGAUGGAUACAGGAGAACAGAUGAUGGCUGUCGAACGAGAAGACAUUGUAAGGGACAUGGCUCUACUUCUUAAGAGCAUCAACCAGGUGAACAUGGAGCCCAACGGAAUGAGCUUUUGCAACAAGAUCCGGACCGUCGCAUCGACCCUACUCGAGACCAAACGCGCCAGAAUGAGCGUCAUGCCCACACUCGACUCUGAGAGCGUGAAUGCUUAUCUUCACGUAUUUCUAGACAUCCUCUCCAAAUUGGAACGCUUAGGUCCUAGCCGAUUCAGGGGUGUCGCGGAUGCAAACGCUGGCAUAUUACGGACACCCGAGGAGAUUGAAGACGAGGAGCUGGUUCACUGGGCCAGUCUGAAGGAACACCAGGAGAGGUUUGUCCGGACAAGUGGCUUCUGGUGA